AGAUGAAUAGAAGGCACCAGAACCACCUACCAUGACCAAGUGCGCUGUAAAUGUAGGACAGAAAUUCGAGUGGAAUACAAACGGAUCAUCAAGCGACAUAUUCGAGGGAAAACCAUGUUUGGAUGUGCCUUAUCUGAUUCAAAUAUUUUUAAAUAUGGUACCACAUGCGAUCACUGGAACACAGGAAAAGUAUUUUUCCUCCCAAACAUUUCUUGCAUUUUGAAACGGAAAAGAAGAGUGGCAUUAAAAUACAUCCCUGUGCUAUCUUUCUCCGAUUAUCAAUGGUAGGCAUUGCAUAAUUCACCCUUAUCCACCGGAGCCAUUUGGUUCCUCCUCUCUGAAAAGAGGGGGACGCCAGAAAAAAACGACUACAUCCAGUAGCUGCCUUCUCGGUGGUGCCUGCAAUUGUUAGGCAAUGCCCUUCUCUUUCUUAGGAAGAACUUGCAGACAGUAGCGGGGGAACAAGCAGGGGAAGGAUGCAUUUAAAGCUGGAUGUGUGCUGCAUUCAGGGAGAUUCGGCAAUAAUAGCAGCUCUAGCAGAAACAGCGAGUGCGGAGGGCCUGGGAAGCACCCAGCCCCACUAUCUCCUCCUUUUCCUCCCCCCCUGCAGGACCAUGCUUGCGUGAGGGAUGAGGCUGUGCACAGGGACACCAGGCCAGAGCUGCGGCCUACUUCUCACAAGAGCCGGUCUCUCGACUGCAAGAUCUGUGAACACAUUGCCACCAUCAAAUCAGCAUCUUUGUUGUUUCACUCUGCCUGCUCCGUUUCUUUUACUUCCUGCUUCCUGUGUUUCUCUGUCUAGGUCAUCAGGUAGAUCCAGGAGCAUGAGCAGGACUUUGAGCUGCGGGAGCAGAUGUCUGGGUAUAAGCGCAUGCGGCGGCAGCACCAGAAGCAGCUGAUCGCCCUGGAGAACAGGCUAAAGGCCGAGAUGGAUGAGCAUAGGCUCCGGCUGCAGAAGGAAUUAGAGACACAUGCGAACAACACUUACAUUGAGCUGGAAAGACUGGCCAAACGGCACGCUGCUCAAACAGACAAAGAGAUUAAGUCAGUUGCAGCAGAAGAGAGGAGGAUCCAGCAACAGAUUGUUGCUCAGCAAAAGAAAGAGAUGACUUCUUUCUUAGAGAAUCAGAAAAAGGAGUACAGGCUUUGCAAAGACAAGAUCAAAGAUGAGAUGAGCGAAGACCCUUGUACACCCAAGGACGAGAAGCAUGAGCGUCUGUCCAGGCACAAAGAAACAAUACAGCGCUCUCAGGCUGAAGAGGAAGCUCAUCUGAUGGCCCAGCAGCGGCUGGUCUACGACCGGAGCUGCAGGGCCCUCAAACGCCGGAGUCUGGUCAGGAAGCACGAUUUUGAACAGGAGCAACUGAGAGAGGAGCUGAACAAGAAGGGGACCCAGAAGGAGAUGGAACAUGCCAUGAUGAUCCGGCAGGACGAGUCCACGCAGGACAUGGAGCGCAGGCAGCUGCAGAUGCUGCAGAAGCUACGUAUUGAACUCAUGCGGCUGCAGCACCAGACAGAGCUUGAGAACCAGGAGGAGUACAACGGCCGGCGGCAGAGAGAACUACACAGGAAACACACUCUGGAGCAGCGGCAGCAGCCCAGAAACCUCAAGAUGCUGGAGAUGCAGAUCAAGAAACAGUUCCAGGAUACUUGCAAGGUGCAGAACAAGCAGUACAAAGCUCUUAGGAACCAUCAGCUGGAGGUCUCUCCCAAAGGCGACCAUAAGAACAUCCUGAAGAGCUUAAAAGAGGAGCAGACACGCAAGCUGGCCAUACUGGCUGAGCAGUAUGAGCAGAGCAUCAACGAGAUGAUGGCUUCACAAGCGAUGCGAUUAGACGCAGAGCAGGAAACAGAGUGCCAAGCUCUGAAGCAGCAGCUGAAGCAAGAAAUGGAGCUCCUGGACGCCUACCAGAGAAAAACCAAGUCACAGAUGGAGACCCAACACGAGCGAGAGCAGCAGAAACUUGAGCAGAAGGUCUCCAUACGCAGAGCGCACCUUGAACAGAAGAUUGAAGAGGAACUGGCCGCGCUUCAGAAGGAGCGCACCGAAAGGAUCAAGCACUUGUUGGAACGUCAGGAUAGAGAAAAUAACACUUUUGACACAGAAAGUAGAAGCCUCGGCUUUGGAAGCCUGGGAUCUCUGGACUUCCCCAAAGAAGACACCAGAUGAAAGUGGAUUUAUCUUUAGAGGACAACAUAUCUGUGCUCUUUUUUUCGCGUCCACUUGACCCGUUUGUCACGUCCACGGUGACAAAGCUGGAUAACUUUCUCUAUUGCUUUUUCUUCUCUCUUAGAUAUCGCAUCUUUGAAUGGAGGUGUUACGUGCAAUGAGAACUUCUUUUGU